AUGUGGCCAGUGCAUCAGCUUGAUGUAACAAAUGCAUUUCUUCAUGGGAGCAUUGACGAGACCAUUUACAUGCGGCAACCUAUCGGCUUUGAGGAUACUCAUCACCCUGACUACGUUUGUAAGCUAAAGAAAGCAAUUUAUGGCCUUAAACAGGCCCCUCGUCAGUUGUUCCAAACAUUUUCUAACUUUCUUAAAACUCUUGGUUUCUCUCCGGCCAAAGCCGACUCUUCUCUAUUUACACUGCAUACUAACACCAGUCGGUUAUACCUGGUUAUAUAUGUUGAUGACAUCUUAAUAACUGGAAAUGAUUCUUCCUUACUUGACAUGAUUAUCUUGCAGCUAAACCAAAAAUUUGAUAUGAAAAUUCUCGGGCCAGCACACAGUUUUUUGGGAAUCAAGAUCUCCAAAGAUCAAAAUUCCUAUCUGUUAUCUCAAACACAAUACGUGGAGUCUAUUCUAACCUCCGCUAACAUGAGCACGUGCAAGCCCUUGGCAAAUCCAGCGACCGCAAAACCUGUCAACAACAACAAAGCUCACGGCAUUCCUCCUGAUCCAAAACUUUACCGGCAAUUGACGGGGUCCUUACAGUAUCUGACUAUAACAAGACCAGAUAUAGCAUUUGCGGUCAAUCAACUAUGUCAGCAUAUGCACAAUCCAGAAUCGGAACACUUCGUACUUCUCCACAGGUUACUUCGUUACAUUAAGGGUACAAUCUCAUUUGGUUUACCUAUUUUGCAGGGCAGCAUGGAAUUACAUUCAUAUUCAGACGUAGAUUGGGCCGGCGACAAAGAAACCAGACGUUCUACCUCUGGCUAUUGCUCCUUCCUUGGCAACACUCUUAUUUCAUGGAGCGUUAAAAAGCAGCAUACGGUUGCUCGAUCGUCUACGGAAUCCGAAUACCGAGCUCUUGCCUCUGCUCUUGUCGAUAUCCUAUGGCUUUGA